AUGAUCAAGAGAAGAACAACUGAAAGAGAGACUGUGCUGUUGAUUUUCCGGUUAGUUUGGUAUCAUAAUCUCUUUCUUCAAAUUGAGAGGCGACUCAUGUGCUUAAAAGAGAUUGAUGUCAAGAAGAUUUCAUUAGUUGUUGCACAGAAAAAUUUCAGUCCACAAAAUUAUGGGCAAAGUUCAGCUUUAGCUAAUGCAAAUGCGUUCAAUCAAUAUCAAGGCCCUGGCGGUUUUGGUGGAUCAGCAGCUAACGCUGGUGCACAGUCAUUCAAUUCACAGGGACCGUUAGGAGGUUUCGGUGCAUCUGCUGCCAAUUCACAAACUCAAGGUUUCCAUGCUGGUCCCAAUGGAUUCUCAGGAAGUGCUGGCCUUUCAGGCAGUCAAACUUAUAACCUUCCUGGUGGGCAAUCAAUAGAUUUAGCUUAUGGUGGAAGCUACAGUAACACCAAUGGACAAGCUGCUGGUGGCAAUUCUCAUUCAAUUAAUUAUAAUAAAGGAUAA